AGAGGCGGCGCAGCUGUCAGUUGUGUUCGUUCGUCCUUCUCGUCAAAAUCUGUUGCAGACUCGACUAAAGUGUUUAGCAGCUCAGCGUACUUUGAGAGCUUAACCAAUGUACGGACCUAUGGGAGAUAAAUCGUGUUCUCCCCAUAACAACAUAUCACCGCGUAAAGUUGACUGCCUUGCACUUUGGUAACUGUUGGAUGGUAAGGUAGACUGAGUUGGCUUCUUUGAGCAGGAAGGUUAGGCUACCCUGGAAGACUACACCUAAAUACGUGCGUUGUUUUAAGGAUUUGUAUGCGAAGUUUCUUCUUCCGAAUGUUAAUCUAUCAUUGAGUGUGAGGUAGCAUCGUUGGAAGUAUGCAGGACUGCUGCCAAUCUGUGAGGUUGGGACUUGUUGCGUGAAAAACACAUCCCCCGGGAAUAGUGUUUUCGGGUAAACCCUUUUUUAAAACCAAUUUGCAUUCAAGUCGGUGCGUGUCAGUGGUGUUUUGAUUUCACAAUAGAGCAGAUUUUCAAGUGUCUGUGGUGGGUGUUCCCCAAUCCUCUGAUUCUAGCCCUGACAGUAUACAAGUCAGGUCGACUUUGUGGAGACUGGAGAGCGAACAUGAGACUGGAUGUGAUGGACUUUAGGCGUGAUUAAAGAAAUUGAAGUCAUUAGCUAGGCCUACCCAACUGCCGGACCGGAGCGGCUCUAAUGGUCUAACGGAACAGCGGUCGCCAGAUGUGCGCUGGAGUCCAGUUCCGUGGUUCAUAUUUUUGGAAAGGCGCAGCAGACCCCUCCAUAGCCUACCCGUGCACUUAUAUGUAAAUAAAUGGCACCCAUAAACAACCAAAGACCAACGCAAAAUCACUCCGAGGCAAUACGUCGAAUUUAGUGAUUUCCUAUAGCCUAUAACCACUGAGAAGAUGUCGGAGCAAGAGCGCUAUGGGGACGGACUGUGCGACGAUGGAGCUCCGGAGAUCAUCCCGCCGAGAGCGUCCAGGACGGGAAGGCGGAGCGGAGUCAUCCUCCCCAUCCAGGACAACGAUACCAUCGUCCUGGAGGCAGUGAGGGCAGCCCCACGCAGGAGCAGCAUCAUCAAGGAUCCUUCAGUGCACAAGGUGGCCGGCGGGCGCAAGAAGACUGUGUCCUUCAGUAGCAUCCCCUCAGAGAAGAAGGUGAGCAGCGCGGCCGACUGCUUGGCCUUCAUGCAGGGGGGCUGUGAGCUGAAGAAGGUGCGUCCCAACUCCCGGGUCUACAGUCGUUUCUACACACUGGACCAGGACCUCAGCUGCCUGCGCUGGGAGCCCUCUAAGAAGGAUGGGGAGCGCGCCCGCCUGGACAUGGCCACUAUCAGGGAGGUUAGGACGGGGAAGAGCACUGAGACCUUCCUCCAUAAUGGACCUGCUGCAGAACAUCUGGCUGAGGAGGCAGCCUUCUCUAUCAUCCACGGGGAUGACUACCAGUCUCUGGACCUGGUGGCUCUCUCCCCUGACGUGGCCAACAUCUGGGUAACGGGUCUGCGUUACCUGGUGUCCCACCCCUCUGUCAUUGGGCAUGGAGGGGUGGGAGGUCUGGGAGAGGGGAGCAUCAUAGGGGAGGGGAGCCUUGGCAGUAAGAUGAGGAGGGAUUGGCUGGCCGCAGAGUUUGCCGAGGUGGAUGAGGAUGGAUACGGGGUCGUCACAGAGGAUACGGCCGUGGCAACCAUCUGCAAGCUGUGUCCUGGGAUCAAGGAAGCUAAGGUGCGUCUGAGGUUCAAGGAGAUCCAGAGGAGCAAGGAGAAGCUGACGUCUCACGUGACGCGUGAGGAGUUCCAGGAGGCCUUCUGUGAGCACUGCACGCGCCCAGACGUCUACUUCCUAUUGGUCCAACUCUCCAAGGACCGCGAGUGUCUGGACGCCCAGGACCUCCGUCUCUUUCUGGAGACGGAGCAGGGCCUGUCUCUGGCCACGCCCGAGGGCUGUCUGGAACUGGUCCGACGCUUUGAGCCCUCCGGCCCUGGGAAAGAGAGAGGUCUACUGGCUCUGGAUGGAUUCUCCCGCUACCUGCAGUCCCCAGAAUGCCAGCUGUUUGACGUGGAGCACCAGGCAGUGUGUCAGGACAUGAACCUGCCCCUGUCCCACUACUACAUCAGUACCUCCUAUCGGUCCUAUCUCCUGGAUGACCAGGUCCAUGGAAGGGCUGAUCUAGGGGGCCUGACCAGGGCACUGCAGGCCGGGUGUCGGUGCCUAGAGCUGGGGGUGACAGAUGGCCCAGAGGGGGAGCCCCUACUGGGGGUGGACUAUGGUCCUGAGGCCCACCACCACCACCACCACCAUCACCACCAUCACCACGCCCCUGUCACCAUCCGCAGUGCCCUGGAGGUGGUCAAUAAGUAUGCCUUCCUGACCUCGCCCUACCCGCUGCUGCUCUACCUGUGCCACCGCUGUUCUCCCUCCCAGCAGCGUACCUUGGCCCAGCACCUGAGGAAGGUGUUCUCUACACGUCUCUACACCCCUGAGGCCCUGCCGGUCAGCCUGGGGGGUCGAGCCACCACCCUACCCUCGCCAGAGCAGCUGAAGGGCAGAGUGCUGCUGGUGGGGAAGAAGCUACCGCCUGAAGAGGAGGGGUCUGAGGGAGAAGUGUCAGAGGAGGACGAGGAGAUAGGGGGAGGCGGGCCCUUGGCUGGUCGAAGAAUGACCAUACCCGGGGAGGAGGAACUGGGCGCGGUUUUAGUAGUGCCCCCGCCCCCUCAGCCCAGGAGACUCCGCCUCCGACGUGAGCUAUCAGAUCUAGUGGGCGUGGCUAGAAUCGGAAGCCGUAGCUUCUACAACCACCGAGAAACAAGGAAACAAGGACUGCAGCACUCCCCGCCCAGCACCCCCUCCACCCCAGGCACGCCCUUUCCCCCCGAGUCGCCCUAUUGGACGCUGUGCUCCCUGGGGGAGGGAGAAGCGGGACGGCUGGCCAGUGAGAGCCCAGAGGAAUUAGUAAGCUUCACCAAGCGCACCCUGAGCCGUGUCCGGCCAAGCUCCGUCCGCCUGGACUCCUCCAACCCCAACCCCCAGGGCUACUGGAAGGGCGGGGUCCAGCUAGUGGCCCUCAACCAGCAGACUCCCGGAGCCAUGCUGGACCUCCACAGGGGCCGGUUCACCCAGAACGGGGGCUGUGGCUUUGUGCUGCGGCCAGGGGUCAUGAGAGAUGAGGUGUCCUACUUCAGUGCUGUGACCCAGGGCUGUGUGCCUGGCGUUCCCCCUCAGACCCUCAGGGUGAAGGUGAUCAGCGCUCACAGCCUGCCCAAGCCGCAGGGCGCCGGCGCUAAAGGAGAGGUUCUAGAUCCCUACGUGGUUCUGGAGCUGCAUGGGGUACCGGCAGACUGCGCUGAGCAACGGACCAGGACUGCAGCACAGAACCAAGAUGACCCACUGUUUGAUGAGACCUUUGAGUUUCAGGUGAACAUGCCAGAUUUGGCGCUUCUCCGCUUCGUGGUAUUGGACGACGACUACAUCGGAGACGACUUCAUUGGCCAGUACAGCGUGGCAUUCGAGUGCCUUCAACCGGGCUACCGCAACGUGCCCCUGCUGGGUCUGGUGGGAGACCCCUUGCCCCACGCCAGCCUAUUUGUCCAUGUGGCUGUGACCAAUCGGCGAGGAGGGGGCAAGGCCCAGAGGAGGGGUCUGUCUGUGCGGAGAGGGGUGCGGCGGGGGCGAGAGUACGUGACCCUACGGAACACGGGUAUUAAAGUUCUGGAUGAUACGUUCCGCCCCGCUAGUGCCCCUCUCAAGGAGGCCACGGACUUGCGGGAGGAUGCACAGAGGGCCAGUGUGACUUUCAAGGAGCAUUGUGGGCUCCCCCCAGUGGCCAAGCUGAAGCAGUGCAUCCAGAGCCUGGCCACGCGGCUUCAGACCCCAGAAGGCCCUCCGGGGGCCAGCAUGACCCUGAAGGAUGGCUACCCCCACUUGGAGGCCCUGGGCAGCAUCACUGACACCACGCGCAAACUACUGAGCCACUAUGAUAUGAUGAUCUCAGCCCAGAAGCAGCUGAUUGAGAAGGCAGACGCUGUGCAGGAGAGGAUUGCACAGGUUCAGAGAGAGGGAAUGGAGUUUCAUGAGGAGCUGCCUAGGCUGGGAGAGAAGGAAGGGCUGAAGGGUCGCAAGCAGAGCAAAGCCCUGGAGAGUUUCACCUGGAACAUCACUGUACUCAAGGGUCAGUGUGAUCUCCUGCAUGGUGCCAAGGCAGACUCCCUGGAUGCUCUGAGACAGUUGGCCCUGGCCUGUGAAGCCUGUGGCUUGACCUCUACCACCUCCUGCGGUCCCUCUGACCUCCUCUACACCCCUCACGGCAGGAGGGGCAGCACUCAGGAGAGAAGGGGCAGCAACCAUGGCAAUGGAAGAAUCUGACACACCCAACCUACCAGAGAGAGGGAGGGGGAGACAGGGAUGGAGCGGAAGAGAUGGGGACACCCCCCAAAAUCCCAAACUACCAGAGAAAGGGAUGGAGGGGAUGGGGACAGAGAGAGAGUGGAAUGGUCUAGAAUAGAGGCCAGAGCCUAUCCCUUUAUCCAGAAUAAAGUAUCAAGACUACUGAAGAAUGGUUGCAGUAAUUGGCCAGCCUUACUUUGUGUUCAUCAGUCCUGAGGCUUUUUAACAAUACAGGAAUGUUCUUACGUUAUGUAAAAAACACUUGUGCUUAUUUAACAAUGUGAACUUGGACUUAAUAUAACUUUCUCAAUUUCUUUCUGAUGGAAAAACAUCAGAAAGUUUCACUAAAUGAAAUGAAACAUCAGAAAGUUUUCACUAAAUGAAAACAUUUUCUAUAUGUUUUUUCUUCUCCCUUUAAGGGAAUUGUGAUUGUGAACACAAAACAUUGUUCUGCUGUGAGAAAGAGUGGUGGUGACUUUUAUGUUUAAGUUCUUUUCUCUAUGGACCCUGUACGCUGAACCUAAUGUUUGGAUUUAGCUCAACUCACCAUUUCUGAGCGCAAUGGUUUCAAGAACCUGUUUAAGUUCUCCUUCCUAACAUUUCAAGCCCGAUAGUCAAUGACAUUUUCCCAGUAAUUCACAACCUCAACAACAAGCGCCUGUUAUACUCUGUUAGCCGGGGUUGUCUGCCCGCCUGAAGACUUUCCAGGUAGCCUAGUGGUUAGAGCGUUGGGCCAGUAACUGAAAGGUUGCUGUAUCAAAUCACCGAGCUGACAAGGUAAAAAUCUGUCCUUCUGCCCCUGAGCAAGGCAGUUAAGCCUCUGGGCGCCGAAGACGUGGAUGUGGAUUAAGGCAGCCCCCUGCACCUCUCUGUUUCAGAGGGGUUGGGUUAAAUGCGGAAGACACAUUUCAGUUGAAGGCAUUCAGUUGUACAAUUGACUAUGUAUCCCCCUUCUCCACAUGCAUCCACCUAAUUUAUCCCUCGGAGGAACUGAUGUAACGCUGCUGAUGAGAGCCCGCCUCGUAGUGGAUACAACGGGGGGCUUUCAUUCAGGGAUGGAGUGACGGGUGACCCCCCCUGUCCAAGAGGACAUGCUGAGUGACGAUUGAUUGAUUGAUUAAUUGGUUGUGUUAAAAAGGCUUGGUUGAUUGAUAGAUGUGUAUUUCCCUACUAGAGGACAUUAUUGGCAUGGCUGUGUUACUAUGAGGGAAUUAUAGGGGCCCCUUUCUCUAUGUGAUGACUGAAGGUAUGUGCUGGGUUUGUCCCAGCUUAAAAAACUCACUCAGCUAAACACUGAUGUACUCUGACAAAGAACUACAAAAAUGGCGCCACUAGGUGCUACUACUAACCUCGGUGUGUUUUUAUGCUUGCCCACUUCUGAUGAUGGAGUGUGGGACAUUAAAUUGGGUCUCCUGUGGCUCAGAGGUAAACAUUCCGUUUGUCAUUCUAGCCUGGGGUAGGAGGUGAUGUACCGUCCCUACAGUGAUGUUCAACGCACACAGCAGUAAUGCUGGAAGGAUAAUGGAAUGCUGCAUAAGAAAGGCUAUUAGCUAAAUAAAAACUCAUGCCCCUUACCAUAGAACAGGUGUUAGUUCUAAAGCCUCGGCCUCUGCAUUAACCCUUUAUGUGCAUUUUUGAACAAAAAAGACAGAUGAGUCGUUCCAUCAAAAUAGAGCCUUUUGCAUUUUAUGUAGAAAUUGUGCACCAAUAUUGAAUUUGAAAAGUCUGUUAUAUUAAAUGAAGUGCCCUUUAAUAUAGACCACAUGGAGAAUUCAAUAUCUUUAUAAGGAAUAACGUGCCAAAAUUCAGUUACUGCAAGGAAGAUUUGAACCCACUUACCCACAACAUUUCUCCCAAGUUUUCAACAUCAUUGUAAAGUCCUAGUUAUUUUGUUGCUUUGACAAAGUCAAUUCUGAAGAUUAUUAUUGAUUUAAUGUGAUAUAUUUACAUCUGUCCCUCAUUUUAAGGUCAACCCGGUUACCUGAACUGAACUCUCUUUUUAAAAUGCUGAAACUAUUCCUUUAAAAAAUAAAAAUGGAACAUCUAAUAGUCAAAUUCUAGUGUAAAAGCAGGGGAGCUGGUUCUACUCUUUUUGGACAUUUUCUAGUGUUUUGUGGUGGAAAACUGAGCGGGUCGGAGUAUAACACGUCAACCCUGUUACCCAUAGAUAGACAGGCUAGAAAUGUUUUAACAAUUUAAAGCUUGCAUUCACUUGCCCCUCACAACAAUCUUCCAUUCCCCCUGUCACAAGGUGAUUCAUCACUGAUUUAAGAUGAAAUCGCCAACCUUGUUACUUUAUUUGGUACAUAAUAGGUACUUACUAUAGUAAUGUUUUUAUUUAAACCUCUCGAGAUGGAACGACCCAGAUACAGAUGGAACGACCCAGAUACAGAUGGAACGACCCAGAUACAGAAUACAAAAAUUCCUGUCUAGCCUAAUCUGCUCGACUGGUGUGUUGAUGUUUUUUGCUGUGUUGAGAUUCUACAAAUCUUAAAUGAACAACACACUAACAACACUAUGGUCCAACGCCAUAGUUCUUUACUUUACUAUAGUAACUCUCUGUAAACCUUAAAGACCAUUUAGCAAGUUACAUUUGGUUACAUUUUUUAAAUAAAAAUAGAAUAACCCCCCAUGGUGUGACUUAUGCCGUGUUCAAAACAACUGGUGCGUUCAAGACAACUGGGAACUCAGGGGGAAAAAAACAGCUCCGACUAGGAUUUUUUUUUUUUUACGGUCAUCCAACUCGAAAAUUCAAGUUGGACACACUGGCAUCUUUCUAGAGUGCUGACUUUCCGACCUGAAGAUCACUAACGUCGUGAUUUGACCUCGUUUGACCUCGAGUUCCCGGUUGCCUUGAUAGCCCCAUUAUAGCGUCCCUUAUAGCGAUGUGUGUAUGGGCUACGGCUGCAUCCCAAAGGGCACUCUAUUCCCUACAUAGUGCAUUACAACCUAUGUCUGUCUGUGUCUGCUAUCUCUGACCGAGCAUUCAAACAAAUGUUUGUUUCGUCCCGUCGCCGUACACUCUUGUCACAGUGUGUUGUCUUUGUAAAAACAAAUAUAGAAGAGGAUUUAUUGAAGGGGAUGACGACUGUUUUAAAACUAAUAAAUAUUAUAUUAAAUGGCCCUAGCUUUCAUUUUGAAAAGCUAGUUUUUUUUUCUAUCUGAUAACCAAUGUCACAGUUUCACCCUGACUAAAUAAAACAAUAUUUUACUGACCAUUAAA